AUGAAUAAGGCCAAUGCUGCGAAGCUGAUGUGCGAUAGGUGGUUUGACGAACUAGCAAAAUAUGGUGUAGGAAAAGAUAAUGUGUUCACAAAGAAGCUGUUGUCUCGACCGAAUAUGCCAAUUGGACAUUACACUCAGAUGGUGUGGCAGAACACCUACAAGCUCGGAUGUGCGAUAGAGUGGUGCGACGAUAUGACUUAUGGGGUUUGUCAGUACAGCCCAAGUGGAAACUACAUCGACCAACUAAUCUAUGAAAAAGGAGAGCCGUGCAAAAACUGCAAAUGCCCGAACUGCAAAUGCGACAAGAACGAGGGCCUCUGUAUCAUGCCAUAA